GAGCAGAAAACAGAGGCACCCGGCCGCGCCCCGACACAGCGCGACCGAAGCCGCCACAAUACAAACCACUGCCCCGCCUGCCUCCUCUCCCCUCGGCGCCCGCGGCACAGAGCCGCCGCCUCCGCCUCCGUCGUCGUCGUCGUCGUCGUCGUCGCCUCCUACCCCCGAAAAGGCUGAGAUCGCCGAUUCGCGGGCCAUUUGAUUUGGCGCGCGGUUUCUAGCCGUGCUUCCCAUGGCCGGGUCCAUCGCGGCCUCGGCCUUCUUCCCGGGGUCGCCCGCGCUGCCGCCGCCGCCCAAGAGCGCCCUCGGCGAGCGUCCGGACAGCCUGGACGUCCGUGGCAUGGCCGCGAAGCAGGCCUCGUCGUCCUCCGCCGUGAGGGCCAGCAGGACGCGCGCCCACGCGGCCGUCCCCAAGGUGAACGGCGGCGGCGGCAAGUCCGCGCUGGCGGACGCGGAGCACGACACCAUGUCCUCGGCCGCGCAGCCGAGGACGUUCUACAACCAGCUUCCCGACUGGAGCAUGCUCCUCGCGGCCAUCACCACCAUCUUCCUGGCCGCCGAGAAGCAGUGGACGCUGCUCGACUGGAAGCCCAAGCGGCCCGACAUGCUCGUCGACACGCUUGGUUUCGGCACGAUUGUACACGACGGCGUCAUGUUCAGGCAGAACUUCUCCAUUAGGUCCUACGAGAUUGGGGCUGACAGGACGGCGUCCAUCGAGACGCUCAUGAACCAUCUGCAGGAAACUGCACUCAAUCAUGUGAAGGUCGUUGGGCUGCUAGGAGAUGGUUUUGGUUCGACACCGGAGAUGAGUAAACGGAACUUGUUCUGGGUUGUCAGCCAAAUGCAGGCCAUCAUCGAGCGUUAUCCAUGCUGGGGCGACACUGUUGAGGUGAACACUUGGGUUGGCGCUCAUGGUAAAAACGGAAUGCGUCGAGACUGGCAUAUACGCGAUUCUGUGACGGGCCAUACAGUACUGAAGGCUACAAGUAAAUGGGUUAUGAUGAACAAGCUUACUAGAAAGCUUGCAAGAAUUCCAGAUGAAGUACGGACUGAAAUAGUGCCGUUCUUUUCUGAGUAUGCUGCUACUGAAGACCAAGACCACCGAAAAUUUCCAAAACUGCCAGAGCAUGACCGUGCUACCUCAGCCAAAUAUGUCCGGACAGGCCUGACUCCACGUUGGGCUGAUCUUGAUAUCAAUCAGCAUGUCAAUAAUGUUAAAUACAUUGGCUGGAUCCUUGAGAGCGCGCCAAUCUCCAUCCUGGAGAACCAUGAACUGGCGAGCAUAGUCCUAGACUACAAAAGGGAGUGUGGCCGGAACAGUGUCCUGCAGUCGCACACCACGGUGCACACCGACUGCGCCGACGAGCCCGGAGAAACGACUCUGCACUGCGAGCAUCUGCUGAGCCUGGAAUCGGGACCCACCAUCGUGAAGGCCCGGACCAUGUGGCGGCCAAAGGGAGCCAAGUCCCAGGAAACGGUGGCUCUAUCCUGGUGAUUUUCGGCAGGAACGGUUUGGUAAAAGCCCGGAGCAGCCACCCCCGUACGCGUUCUCUACCGGAAAGGUAAUCACACGUUGCACAUACGUACAUGGAUGUGUAUAAUAUAAUCCCAUCAUGGCAUCACAAACGGGAUACCCAAAUUAUAUACAGUACGUACACAGAGAGUGUGUGAAGGUGGAGGGGAUAAGAAGGGUAUAGGAGAGCGAUGAGAAGCAGAGGAGACAAAUUGGUGUUGUAAUUAUCGAGUUUGUAGCUAUAUUACGGUGUGAUGGGAAGUGAACUCUUCCCACACACACCUGGGGUCUGUCUGUCUGUCUGUCUGGGGCUGUGUCUAUAUUACGAGCCCUUGAGAGCGGCCUGUUCUAUACUUACUGAACUUUAAGAUCGUAUAUUGUAUUGAUUUUAUUAUAUAUUGUAAAAUGCGAGAAUCGCUUCUUCUUGUCC